AUGGUGGACACUGCCUCGAAGCAUCGAGCUGAGUUUGCCUUUGCUCAGCUUGAGAACGAGAGAUCUCUGACAUCUCUUCGUGACGAGCUAAGGGUAGCUCGUGGGAUUGUUGAUCGGUCUCGGGCUGAGAUAACUGCUCUUCAGACCCUUGUUGAUGCCCACCAUCGGGAGCACAAGGCUCUCUGUGAGAUGCUUGAGCGCAAGGGCGUUCUUCAUCGGAAGAAGCAGCGUACUGAUGGUACGGCUUAA